UCUUGUUUGCAUUUAUAUUUUGUCAUUCUGAAUCAACUAGUCCUUGUUUUUGUGGGCUCGUGCACUUGUAUCAUAUUGAAAGAAAGUCUGCCCUGUUUUGAUUACUUGAAUGCUGCUGUCUUAAACUGAUUGAUCAGUGGGUAUUGAUCUUGUGAUCCACUCACUAGACCACUGUGAUUUUGGGUUGCCCCUACUGAUUAGAGAGGUGAUGAUAAGAAAGGUCACAGGUGACAUUUACUUUUUCAUUGCAUGCAUGCUGGUGACGUCUACUUGCCAAUACCUCACAGCCCAUCACGGAGACAUGAGCCUAAUCUACUGAGGAGUCCUGACAGUAAAACGACUCUCCUGAAGGCUGAAACCACAGGUACAAACUAAUUUACUCGUGAAUCUGACUGUGAGGAUUUGGAGGCAGAUUUUGUGGAUUCAUCGCAACAAUGCGCCUGAUUCUACGCCUCCUGGCACUGAUCUUGGUGGCGUCCUGCGUGGCAGCCCCAAAGGUCAUGAAGGCACCAGACGUAAGCUUAGAUAAUGUCAAUAUUUUUCUGACUAUGGCUUGGCAAGUAGCCAAGCACGUGGGCCCAGAUUCCAGCUGUUACGUCUGUGGCCUAUUGCCCUACACAGCAGGAGAAGGCCUACCUCUGAUGGCCUUACCUGCCUCUGACUGCGACACCUGCCACCUGAUGCACAUUCCGUUGUCCCAGUCCUAUUCUCACCCGGAUUGUUCCCAGCUCAGAAUGAGACCACUUAAUUGUUCUACAGGACACGGGAACUGCUACAGGUGUCUCGAAACUCCCAAACCUGUCGCCAUACAGCUCAUCCCGCAGAAAUUCCCGUGGUGUCUCCAGAACAACGGCGGGACGCACGUGGGACAUUCGGACUGCCUACGUACAUUCGAAUGGGACCCGAGUCAAGUAAAUAUGGAAUUUAAAUCUCUGGAUUCUGCACCCCAGGGUUGUUUGGCAGCAGCGGGCCAGGUUCGCUUCAGCGCCCUUGCUCGCCGCACUGCCGGGUGCUCCAUCUCAUCCCCUGUAGGAAUGUACUGGGUGUGUGGAAACCUCGCGUACCCGCAUCUCCCCGUGGAUUACAAAGGCCGCUGCGGAUUGGCGUACGUCAUCCCGGCAAUGAGAGUGGCUCGUUCCCUGCCCAAGAAAGCUCCGAAACGGGUGCAACGUGGGCUUUCAGAUACCUUCGGGACUCACCAUCAAUCGGAUUUCAAGAACGUACUCGGCCCCCUUCUUCCUUUUUACGGAGUUAUGUCCGCACUGGAUCAAAUCGCAGAUCUGUCUCAUUCGAUAGAGGUGAUUGCCAACGAAACGAGCAAGGCGCUCAUGCUUCUGUCGAGUGAACUCGCCUCUGUUAGACUCGUAGCUUUACAAAACAGGGCAGCCCUGGAUUUUCUUUUAGCAGCCCAAGGAGGAACUUGUGCCGUCAUUGGUUCCGAGUGUUGUACCUUUGUGCCUGACUAUAAUGCUACCAUUGGCGAUGUAGUCAACCACCUUCGAGAUACUGCUAAAUCUGUUCACCAGGAUAGUUCUGGCUCUUUAUUUGAUUGGUUGAAAACCGCUUUUGGUUCAUUGGGUCAUCGCGCUGUUGAAGUACUUAUCGUUUUUGUUGUUUUCAUUGUGUUACUCUCUUUCUUUACAUCGUGUGUGAAAAAGUUCAUUUUCAAUAUACGUUGAGUUAAAUGAACUAUUCUCAAUCAUAAGGCACAAGCGUUUUCCUUUUCUACUUUGACAACAUGAUAGAUGACAGCAAAUGUUUCUUAGAUAAAACAGUAACAAUGUGCUUCGAAACACAUCAGCAAUUGUCUUACCAUCAGAAUAAAUAAUAAAUAUGGUUUUGAACAGGAUAUGGGUUUUAAAACUAAUUUAUGUUUGGUGUUUCAGGGACACAGCUGUAUAACACAAAUCCAAUAAAUGAACAACUACAAUCAAUUUUGAA